ACCAUAGCCAUUGUCGUCACACUAUCUUCAUCUUUCGCAAGAAGCAAAACUGUUGCUUACACACUAAAAUGUAAAAUCAAUCGAUAUCAACUUUUGCUUAUAGAAAUCUCUGCUCUACCAUAUGAUAUUUGAGUUCAGGUACUACUUACUCAGAGAGGAAACCUCUCUUGAUCAGCGGGGAAAGAUGAAGCCAGACCCUACCUGAGAUGAGACGUGAGAAAACCAAAGCACAGAACAGAUCAAUUUCCACUUUCUCCAUCUGUGUUUCGUCUCUUUCUGCAAUAGUGUGAAGGAGUCACCUCCUCCCAUUUCUUUUUUCUUGUCUUUUGCUCGCGUCACUCUCAAAACCAACUGCCGAAGGUAGAUUAAACUGGAUAAACCUUGUUCCUUGUGUUGUCGUUGUUCAUAACAUUCCACGCUCCAUUUAUAUCUAUCCGAAGAGGAAGAAAGCAUAGGGAGCGGCAGCAGCUGCUAGUGAACAGAGUCAAUGAAGACCACUCUCUCCUUGUUCUGCUGCUCACUGUCUCUCCUCUUCUGCUUCUAUCUACCCAGGGGUUCGUUAUCUGCUGGUGUUGACCGAUGUAAGUUGCCACCAAGAGGUUGGAACUCGUAUGAUUCCUUCUGUUGGACGAUUUCUGAGGAUGACUUCUUGAAGAGUGCUAAAGUUGUUGCGAAGUAUCUAAAAUCUCAUGGAUAUGAGUAUGUAGUGUUGGAUUACCUUUGGUACAGAAGAUUAGUUCCAGGCGCCUACACUGAUUCUCUUGGGUUCGAUGUGAUCGACCAAUGGGGGAGAAUGGUUCCUGCCCCAGAUCGAUGGCCUUCUGCCAAGUCGGGGAGUGGGUUCGCUGAAGUUGCCAAGGAAGUCCAUAGUUUGGGUCUCAAGUUCGGAAUCCAUGUCAUGAGGGGAUUGAGUCGACAAGCAUUUGAUGCUAACACCCCUAUAUUGGACAUUAACACGGGGCGUGCUUACGAAGAAUCCGGUCGAGAAUGGAGGGCUCAAGACAUAGGGAUCAAGGAGAGGAGUUGUGCAUGGAUGCCACAUGGUUUCAUGAGUGUCAACACUUCAUUGCCUGCUGGAAGAGCCUUCUUGAGCUCACUCUAUCACCAGUAUGCCGAGUGGGGUGUUGAUUUCAUUAAGCAUGAUUGCGUAUUUGGUGAUGACUUCAACCUAGAAGAGAUAACAUAUGUGUCUGGAUUGCUGAAGAAGUUUGAUCGCCCAAUCUUAUACUCGCUCUCCCCUGGAACUUCCGUAACGCCAACAAUGGCUAAAGAGCUGAAAGGAUUGGCAAACAUGUAUAGAGUAACUGGAGAUGACUGGGAUUCGUGGGGAGAUGUGGCUUCACAUUUUGAUGUUGCAAGGGACUUUGCUAAGGCAGAAAUGGUCCCUGGUGAGGGCUUGCUCGGAAGUUCAUGGCCUGAUCUGGAUAUGCUGCCAUUAGGGUGGCUUACUGAUGCUGGAGCCAAUCAAGGGCCUCAUAGGCAAUGUAACCUUACCCUUGAUGAGCAAAGAACCCAGAUGACUUUGUGGUCGAUGGCAAGGUCUCCGCUCAUGUUUGGAGGAGACGUUAGACAGAUUGAUGAGACAACUUACAAAUUGAUCACUAAUCCUACCUUGCUGGAGAUAAACGAUUAUAGUUCGAACAACAUGGAGUUCCCUUAUGUUACAGGGAAGAUACUGGGUCCAGCAAGGAACCAUCUCAUGAGGCGAUCAAAGAUAUCUAUGUUGAAACGAGUCAACAAUCAUCAUACCCGGGUUGUAGGUGUUACGAGUUGCAAAGAUCCCAAUGCAAAUGGUUGGUCGGUUGAAUCUCUUGGUCAGUAUCAUGAACAGAUUUGUUGGAGGAAGGAGGACGAGCAGCUAAACCGGGAACCAUUAUGUCUAUACAAGAGGAAACCUCUCUUGGCUUCAUCCAAUGAGCAUGUGCUUUAUGGCCAAGAUAACCGCCGAUUGUUCACAAGUGACAAUGGAGUGAAAUCUUGCUUGGAUGCUUCUCCAAGACAUAAACUUACUUCCAGCGAGUGGAAGAAAAAGCAACCCUCAUUCUCGACCUGCAGAGGGGAUGCCAAUCAGAUGUGGAAGUUGAGCAGCAAUGCCACUCUCAGGAGCAGUUACUCUGGCCUAUGCGCCAGGGUAAAACAAGUUAAAGGUAAUGGUCAAUUGCAUAACAACUCAACCUGUGCUAACAGAUUGGUCACUACAAACUUAUCACUGAACUUCAAAAUAAAUAGCAUACUACUAAUUUCAUCAAGAUUUUCAUCCAAAUUGUGGAGAUUCAAUCAGUAUGUUGCAUAGCCAGAUAGAAUAAAUGAUUAGAGUGGUUACAGCUAAUGAUGUCAGGACCAGUGGGGUACGAUCCUGGAUUGCAACAGGAAGACAAGGAGAAAUCUAUGUUGCUUUCUUCAACCUCAAUGUUGAGAAAACAUUGAUCUCGGCCAAGUUGUCAGACAUGGCCAAGGUGCUUCCAGGGAGAAACCUGGAAGACAAAGCAGAUUGUAAAGGCAGAGAAGUCUGGAGCGGCCAGCGUUAUGAAGCUGUGGCGGAUUCGUUGGAGAUGGUAGUGGAUAAGCACGGUUGUGCACUCUUUACCUUGAACUGCAGCUAGCUUAGGUUAGUGGAAAAUUAUGUUGAUGCUGCAGGAAUUUUUUUUUUUUUUUACUACCAGGUUAAGGUAAUAGGGAGAAAGAGAAAAUAAAGGUUGAAGCUUUCUUUCUGUGUGACGCUUAAGAAUCCAGAAAAGCAGGGGAGUUUUAUGACUAGUCCUCUGUUUCCUCUGUUUUCUUUUUCUAGAAAACUUGCUGAUGCAAGUCCAGGCCACAUGCCACCUUUCUCAUAUUGAAAAGUGAACAAGACUAACUUCAACAAUUAAAAUUUUAAAACUAAAGAGUUGCACUAGUGAUGAUAACACAUAUAAUUGAUCGAUCACAUCUCUCCUCUAUACCC